CAAACUGACUUACUUCUGCUGACUUUACUGAAUGCUUUUAAGCCGCAGAGUUGUAUUAUGCAUGUUUGAUUUGCACUGAAACGAGACAUUCGGCUGUGAAUCAGUGCUUAAACUACAGCGACAUCUGUUCAUACAGGACAUGGAAAUGUGUGGAUUUUUGUGUGGUUAUUUAUGACUAAAUAACCAACGUGACAGACAAACUGCUGAAAAGUAACCUUAUUGUGUUUGUAUUUGUAGGUGAUGAGGGUCACUGCAGUCGUGUCUGUGAAUUUGGGGACAGCCAACAUGUUACUGAGUGUCUUCUUUGUUUCAGGUGUUCUGGGUGCUUGUCCUGAGUAUUCAAGCCUCUUCAUUACUGCACCAAAGGAGAUGGAAGCCCUAAGUGAAUCUUGUCUACAAAUCCCAUGUAGCUUUAACACAAAACUUGAAGGAGAAUUGAGCACAACAUCUGCCUUUGGUGUAUGGCUUAAAAAUGACACUAGAGUUUCUAAAGGCAAUGUGGUUUUCAACAGCAGCAGCAGCAUCAACAGAUAUCCAUUAAGAAUUAUUGGGAAGCUCAGUGAGAAAAACUGCACCACAUUGUUUUCCAAUUUAAGUCAAAAUCACACAAACAAAUAUUUCUUUAGAAUUGAGAGCUCGGCAGUCAGAGCAACAGCAUUUUGUGAUCCUGUUCAAAUAACAGUUAAAGAUUCUCCUCCGAGGCCCAGAAUUGAGAUCUCAGGUGAGAUCUCAGGUGAUCUGAAGGAGGAGCAGUCUGUCACUAUAACCUGCUCAGCUGUCACUCCCUGUCCACACUCCCCUCCUCAACUCACCUGGAGUCUCCAACAAGACGCUCGCAACAACAUGGAGGAAAACGCAGAUGGAACCUUUACAACUAAAAUCCAGGAGACCAUCACUCUGUCAGACCAACAUGAUGGAAACAACAUCACCUGUUCUGCCACAUAUCCUGUGAAUGAAGGAAAAGGUGUCAGGAGAACCCAGAGGAGAAAGACUCUCAGUGUGUUAUACCCUCCCAAGGACACGACAGUGGUCAUCAGUCCCUCUGAUCCAGUGUCAGUUGGCAGCAUGGUGAACCUGACUUGCUCCUGCAGAGGAAACCCUCACAUUGUCCACUUCGUCUGGUUCAUGAUCAGUACUGGCAGGCUGGAACUGAUCAAAGCUGACACCCAGGUUUACGGCUUUCGUGUGACCAACGGUGACCGAGGCAGAUUGUUCUAUUGUGGAUGCAGAAACAGCGUGGACAUUCAGUUAUCAACAGGACGACAGCUGAGAUUUAAAGGUAACAGGAAGGAAUUAUGGGUUGUGAUGGUUCAGAGCAGUGAAAUCUUCAAAGGUGACCGCGACUGUUGUGUUACAGCCGAUCAAAAGUCUCACCUGGCUGGCAUCGAAGUUAUAGUGAAGAGCCUGGCAAUCGCAAUGCUCGUCAGUUCGUUAGUGAUCUUUGAGUGUUGGUUCAGAUCAAAACACGCCGCCAAACCAAUCAAGGAUGCAGUCGAAGCAGACUAUGUCAACACAGCGUUCGAGCUGUCGUCCGGAAUCAGAGGGCCUUGAUGAAGAAAUAAAUGGAAGAACACACUGUACUUUCCCUUCUGUAUUCAUUUCUUAGUCACUGUUCCUGUUGUUCACGUGCCACUUACAAAAAGUGCACAUUUUCUCCACGUCUGUAGAUACUAAAUGGUGCUAUUGUCUGCAAACGCGACCCCAGACUUUGUGGACAACAUUUUAUGUGGUGCUUUUUCCUGCUCUGUCAUUCUUCAUUUUAAAUAAUUUUUCUCAUGUUUAACUGAUGUAUGGCACAUUUUUUUAACAUUUAUUCAACAUGUUGUUUUGUAUGUCAGGUUUGUAAAAGAUGUUUAGACUGUGUUGUUACUUUACACAGAAACUUCUCAGUGAAUUUUUAUUAGUUUUUCUAUCAUUUCUGUUGGUUUUGUAUAUGUUCAUGAUAGCCGUGUAACUUUGUAGAUGACUGCAGACCUAAUGAAACACUUACAGCACAGCAACAAGCACAAACACUGUGGCAGUUGUAUGCGUGAAUUACAUGAAGUUAAGACGUUCACCUGUUUAAAUGUCUCCCAGCUGGAGAUGGGAAACCCAAGAUUUUAAAGUGUGCUUGGAACAAUAA